UUCACUUUUCUGAUGACGCGCGGCUUUUUGCGCGUGUUUGCUCCACUCUUUCUCUCAGCCCGCCGCCAACGACGUCGUUCCAAACCUCUCUGAAAACGAAGGCCGGCCCCUUUCUCACUCUCACCAACCAAAUCAUCAGCUGCAAAUGGGUUGUGGUCUUCUCCCCUUAAAUAAGGACUCUGAAACUCAAACUUUACUUUGCCUUUUGAAGUUAAGGAGCUCUUCUCAUGGCAUAUUCCACCACUUCUUGGCGGCUGCUCGUCUGCUCCCUCUCUCUCUGUCUCUUGCCACUCGUUGCAUCUCAGCUCACUCAUCCUUCCGAAGUGGAGGCUCUGAAUUCGAUUGCUAAGCAUUGGGAUUUGGGAAAAUGGAGUUUCAGUGUGGACCCCUGCACCAUAAAUAGUCCUUGGAGUUUCCCGAACAACCCUGGAAUUGGCUGUGAUUGCUCCUCCUUUGGUAACUCUACAUGCCAUGUCACACAUAUGAAAAUCUAUGCCCUGGAUAUAUCUGGAACAAUCCCCAUGGCAUUGUUCAAUCUGACUGAGCUGAUGGACUUGAAUCUGGCUCAGAAUAUAUUAAAUGGGUCAAUACCUCCUCAAUUUGGGCAGCUGUCAAAGAUGCGAUACUUGAGCCUUGGUAUAAACAAUUUCACAGGACCAGUGCCUGCAGAGCUUGGCAAUCUCACAUCACUAAUCUCAUUGAGCUUUAGUUCAAAUAAUUUGAGUGGUCCUUUGCCAAAAGAACUUGGGAAUCUUACCCCCCUGGAGCAGUUGUACAUUGACAGCAGUGGGAUGAGUGGCAAUAUUCCAAAAGAAUUAGUGAACUUGAAGGCAUUGAGGAUACUUUGGGCAUCUGAUAAUCUCUUCACAGGGAACUUGCCAGAGUUUUUUGGGACACUGACGAACCUUGAGAACCUGCGUCUCGAGGGGACCUCUUUGAAUGGCCCAAUUCCAACAAAUUUUGCUGCUCUAACCAAGCUGACAGACCUGAGACUUGGUGGACCAAUGCUGGGGAAAUCCUCUCUUUCAUUUGUGAAAAACCUAAGAAGUUUAUCCAUAUUAUCUUUGAGAAAUUGCCAAAUUUCUGGUGAACUUCCGGUACAGCUUGGAGAUUUUCCUAAUUUGCUUUACCUGGAUCUGAGCUUUAACAAGUUAACAGGUCAAAUACCAAGUUCAUUUCAGAAUCUUAAAUCAUUGGAAAUACUGUAUCUUGGGAACAAUAACCUUUCUGGGCCAUUCUCAUCACAAAUUAUGCCACCAAAACUUAUGGCAUUAGACCUGUCCUUCAACCAACUUUGGGGAACUUAUCUAUCGAAUGACAUACAAAGUGGACUUGUAGUGAAUUUGGUGGGAACUCGUGUGGAUGUCAAUACUUUAUAUGACAGGAAGACUUCAGAUGUAUUUCGCUGCCUACAGGAGGGCUACUCAUGCAGUGACAAAGUUCCAACUUAUAAAUCAUUUUCGGUAAAUUGUGGAGGCCCAGAGCAGACAUCUGCUACAGGCAUUGUUUAUUCUGAUGACUCUGAGACACUUGGGUCUGCCUCCUUCUACACAAGCACAGAGCAGGUUUGGUCAGUGAGUAAUACAGGUAUCUUCAUCUCCAAUCCUAAUGGCCCAAAGUUUAUUGCAUCUACCGACUCCCAAAUCAUGGGUACCUUAGAGUCAGAGCUAUAUAAGACAGCAAGAAUUUCACAAAGUUCAUUGAGGUACUAUGGGACUAGCCUGAUUAAUGGGAAAUACUACGUAGAACUUCACUUUGCAGAGAUAGUUAUGGAUGAUUCAGUAUCCUGGAAAGGGCUGGGAAGGCGCAUAUUUGAUGUCUACAUACAGGGAGAGAGAGUUCUGAAAGACUUUGACAUCAAGGCUGAAGCAAAAGGUGCUUACAGAGCCAUUGUCAAAACAUUCGAUGCAAAUGUAACGAACAAUGUCCUAGAGAUCCACUUUUUCUGGGCUGGAAAGGGAACUUGCUGCAUUCCAUUUCAAGGAACAUAUGGACCUUUAGUAUCUGCGAUGCGCAUUUAUCAACAAGGUUCCACAAGUGCUAGUUUUUCAUCAAGAAAUGACAAAAGGCGUAGAGGAGUUCUUUUGGGGCUUGUGCUUGGAGGUGCAGGUGGCUUGUUGAUCGCUUCAUCUAUUGUCUAUUUGUGGCGGAAGAAGGAUGAGAAUCGGCACUUCAAAGUACACACAGACUCACCGAGAAAAGUGUGAUGCAUGAGUAAGAAGAGUGGUUAUUGUUUAGUGAAGGAACAUCUACAUGGAUCAAAUAACAGGCAAAUGUAUAUUGGUCUGUAUUUGCGUGGUCCUUAAUAGCGAAUGUUAUGUAUGUAUAUAUGUAUUCAUGUGACCUCUGUAUGCAUUUCUAUAAAUGUCUGCAUUUGUGUGGUGUUUGCUUUGUA